UGUCAAGUCGCUUCGCUGCGUCAGUCUCGAGAGGCAGCAAUUUAUCGUGUUAUAUGAUUUUGAAUGGGAUUUAUCUAGUUUAUUUUAUAAUGGGUGCCAUAACUGAAUUAAGAAAUAAAAUGUAACUAACGAGGUCACAAAUGGCAGUCGAUUCGCUUAUAAAAUCGAGCAAGUACAUAAAGUAUACAUCGUAUAGAAAAAUCUUGUAUCAUAGGUUUUUCGUUGGCCUACUAUUGUUUAUUGUGCUUUCUUUGCUGUUUACUGUGGUGUUUAAUGUGUUUUCGGGUAAUACGCCACGGACAGAUUUUCAUGAACCAGUGAAUUUGGAUGCUACUAGAGUUCCAGUAGUGAGAUUAAAGAAUGUCGUUCGGGAGGCGUCAGUCCGUGCUUCAAAUUGCACGUACUGGGAUUGUUUUGAUGUGUACAGAUGUGGAAAAGGUGGACACGAAAAGAUAACCAUAUAUAUUUAUCCAUUAAAAGAAUAUCAGACUGAAAAUGGAACUCCUUUGUCCCAAUUUUCGAGGGAGUUUUAUAUAAUUUUAGAUACAAUUAAACAUAGUAAAUAUUACACGUCCAACCCAGACGAGGCGUGUUUAUUAGUCCCUAGUAUAGACACCCUGAAUCAGCAGAAAUUCUCAAGUAAACAUAUUUCACAAGCUCUACAGACACUUGAACACUGGAACAAUGGUGAGAAUCACCUCAUAUUCAACAUGCUGUCAGGAUCCCCACCUAACUUCGAGACAGUCCUUGAUCUCAACACUGGCAAGGCCAUCAUUGCUGGGGCAGGCUUCAACACCUGGUCCUUUCGGCAUGGCUUCGAUAUAUCCAUCCCCGUCUACAGCUCUACAGCAGCAAAAAUAGACAGCUCACAACCGGAUCAAAAAAACUUUUUAAUAAUCUCCGCACAGCUAAAUAUACCAGAUGAAUACUUAGAAGACUUAAAAAGUAUAGCAUCUUCAUCUAAUGACCUACUGUUACUUGACAAGUGCAACACAGGUACGAUCCACACGGAUCAUAGUAAACGCUGUGAAUACACAGGGCAUCGAGCGGGGAGAAUAUUUAAUUACCCUGACGUAUUGAAGGAAGGAAUGUUCUGUUUAGUUGUACGUAGCGCAAGACUGACUCAUGCUAUAUUAAUGGAUAUUUUGGCAUCACAAUGUAUACCAAUAGUGGUAGCGGAUUCUGUGGUGAUGCCGUUUAGUUCCCACAUAGAUUGGAACCGAAUAGCUUUGUUUGUACCUGAGGAGAAUAUAAAGAAUGUACUGAAGAUUGUACACUCAGUAAGUAAAGAAAGGCGGGGUGAGCUUUAUUGGCAGUUAAGAUGGGUGUAUGAAAGAUAUUUCGCUAGUAUAGAGAAAAUUACGCUAACUACAUUAGAGAUAAUGAACGAGAGAGUGUUCCCUUUAGCUGCUAGGAUGUAUGAAGACUGGAACAUGCCCGAGCAUUUGUACGGCCCAGUGAAUCCUCUAUUCCUGCCAGUGACCGCCCCCAAAGCGCCAGGGUUCACCGCCGUCAUAUUGACGUAUGACCGCGUUGAUAGCCUCUUCACGCUGGUGAGGAAGCUCGUGAGGACCCCCAGCCUCGUCAAGAUCCUCGUCGUGUGGAACAAUCAGAAGAAAGCCCCACCACCAUCGUCCGAGUGGCCAGUGAUAAACAAGCCACUGAAAGUGAUCCGAACCAAAGAGAACAAGUUGUCAAAUAGAUUUUUCCCCUACGACGAGAUUGAGACCGAAUGCCAGCUGACCAUAGACGAUGAUAUCGUUAUGCUGACGCCGGAUGAGUUGGAGUUUGGUUUCGACGUGUGGCGAGAGUUCCCCGAUAGAAUUGUGGGGUUUCCGUCCAGGCUGCACGUUUGGGACAACGCGACCAAUUCGUGGCGGUAUCACAGCGAGUGGACGAAUCAGAUAUCCAUGGUGCUGACCGGCGCAGCGUUCCACCACAAGAUCUGGUCGUGGUACUACACGCACAAGAUGCCGGCCGCUAUACGCCGGUGGGUGGACGACAACUUUAAUUGUGAGGAUAUCGCCAUGAACUUUUUGGUAGCCAACGUCACAAGGAAACCACCCAUUAAGGUGACCCCCCGCAAAAAGUUCAAAUGUCCCGAGUGUACUAAUACAGAAAUGUUGUCGGCCGACGAACGCCACAUGUCCCAGCGAUCAUCAUGCGUCCAUAGAUUCGCCGAAAUCUAUGGUCAUAUGGCGUUGAAAGCUGUCGAGUUCAGAGCUGACCCGUUGCAGUAUAGAGAAGCGAAUUCUGGAGUUCCACACAUGUAUCCCGACAUAGGAGCGUUGUAAGGUAAUGCCCUGUGGUUAAAAAUAAUGACAAUCAUGGACAUUCUGGGCCCCCUUUUGGCUGUGUUGCGAAAGAAACGUUAGAAACGAUCGUGUUUUGGAAGGAUUAUAGAAUAUAUAUACAUACAUGUAGUCACGUCUAUAUACCUUGCGGGGUAGACAGAGCCAACAGUCUUGAAAAGACUGAAUGGCCACGUUCAGCUAUUUGGCUUAACGAUAGAAUUGAGAUUCAAAUAGCUAGCCCAUCGCCUAAAAUAAGAAUACCAAGUUUAAAAUCCUUUCCCUUAGUCGCCUCUUACGACAUCCACGGGAAAGAGAUGGAGUACUAUUCCUUUUUGUAUUGGUGCCGGGAACCACACGCCACAGGAUUAUAGAACUGGGAGGCAAAUUCGGGCGUACAUCUUUGUAUUGCGAUUUUAGGGUGAUGUAAAGUAAUUUGGAUUUAAGAGAUUUUGAAAAUGUUGAUUAGGCACCGUAAGUCUGAAUUGAUUACGCUUUGAAGCCCUUGUGAAGCAUAGGAACAGACUUUUAGAUAAAUAUGAAGGCAUAUAUAAAUAAUACAGGUGUUAUUAUUUAUAUCUGUAUAGGUGCAAUUUAAGGUAAUUCGGAUUAAUGUCGAUACAUACAUACAUACAUAUGGUCACGUCUAUAUCCCUUGUGGGGUAGACAGAGCCAACAGUCUUGGAAAGACUGCUAGGCCACGUUCAGCUGUUUAGCUUAAUGAUAGAAUUGAGAUUAAUGUCGAUCUUGGUAUUUUUUGAGCUCCCUUUGUUAGUUUUGCCGUUAGGUAAGAUCUUAUUAAGAGGAGACUUUGUAUAUGGAGGCUGGCAGGAUUCUGGUGUAUGCCAUUGUAUAUCGUUAUAAGGAAAAUUGGAUUGUAAUAAUUGUUGAUUUAAAUUCUUUACAAGACUGUUGGCUCUGUCUACCCCGCAAGGGAUAUAGACGUGAUUAUAUGUAUAUGUAUGUACUAGAGGCCGCCCGCGACUUCGUCCGCAUGGAAACCCUUUCAAUGCCGCGGGAACUCCGGGAUAAAAAGUAGCCUAUAUGUUAUUCUGGGUCUUCAUCUACCCACAUACCUUUCAUCGUAAUCGGUUCAGUAGUAUUUGCGUGAAAGAGUAACAAACAUCCAUACUGACAUACUCACAAACUUUCGCAUUUAUAAUAUUAGUAGGAUAUAAUUGUUGAUUGUGGUCAUUUUGGACCCCUUAGUCUGAGUGGAUAAUUAAUAAAUUAUUAAUUGAUACAGGUGUACAUAAUGUAUACUUAUAGGCGCGCUGUAAGGUAAAUUAGAAUUAUGAUGAUUAUGGUCAUUUUGUGCCCCUCUCCAUAGUCUCUGCCUACCCCGAUGGGAAACAGGCGUGAUGGUAUGUACAUAUGUAUGUAUGUUGUGCCCCUCUAGUCUGAAUUGAUAAUGACGUAAUGAAAUAAAGAGAAAAUAUUAAUGUCUGUUAGGUAUAAGUAAUGCAGAUAAGAAAAAAUAUGGUUAAUUUGUCUCUCUGGGUCUCCACUCUCACAUUUGUAUUGCAAGUUAUUAUGGAAGCAGUUAUUCUAUGAGUUAAGGAAAUUGAACAAAUCAUAAUCAUAAUUUUUUUUAUUAGCUACGACCGCAAACCCUAAUGUUUUUAUGUAAAACGUUUUUAUAUGAUUGAACAACAAUAAACAAAUGAACAAAAUUAGAGUUAGACCUAAGAUUCACUCAGGAAUUUGAGAUGGAAAUGCAUUUUGCAUCCUGAAAAUAAACCAUGCAUUUUGAUAGGUAUUAAAUAUGUUUCAAAUGUAAUAAUUUAAUUACAGUAUUUUUUAUUAUGAACUAUAAUUUGUUAUGCUAUAUAACGCUAAAAACGAAAGCCUAGUAUCUGCAACGAAAACGUUUUUUUAAUUUCGUAAAGAAAAUCAUUAAUUUUGGAAUUUAAUUUUGUUACAUAACUAGUUAAGAAUCAACAUAAUUUUGCAUUUAUGAUCAUGACACGUUUGAGUGUAAUAUUUAAUUUUGUCAGAAAUAAAACUUUGGCAGCGUAUAUGAUUAUAUAAAUUUAAAUUUUAGUUUAUGGCCAAGGGGGCCCGAAUAUUAAAGAUGUAAAGAUUUUAGGAGGUAUGGACAAUAACAAUAUGAAUGAAGGCUGUAAGAAAUUUAUUUGGGAAUCGUCCCCAAUACCAGGGUAUGUAGAGAUAAAUGCAAUUUGUAAUUAUCCAAUAUUAAUGCGAACGAAAUAAAGUUCAAGAUUGCAAAUUAGACACUAUGAUGAGUUUUUCUUCAUGUUUUCACCGUUUUAAUAAAUUAUUUGCAUGGAAUUUCGCCGUUUCUCGAUACUUUGCAUAACUUGGAGAUUUUUGAUACAUAAGUGUUGAAUGUUGUGUGUAAACACUGUGGGUGCACUUACCUGAAUGAAUAAAUAAAUAAUAAUGAAUAGGAAUAGAGUGUGCAAUCUAUAAGCAUGUAUGAAGUUAAACUCAUGGUGCAUUCACUACACUGCCCUGUAAAUUAUGUUGCUAUGGGCGCUUAUACCUAAUGGUAACAUGUGCCCUUCGUUGUCAAGGUUAUCUUUAUUUUUCACUCUCUUAUGAUUUCAUUUAUCUAUUAAAAGCAGUCUUAUAGUUAAUAACCAUUAAAUCGAAAUAGAAUUGAUAAUAAUGACAAUGAAAUACAUGAAAAAAAUGAACUGUUAUAGCGUGACCAGAAAUACUAUAUUGCGUCUUAAAAAGUGUAUUAAAAUACGGAGCGUUCAAUAUUUACGUUAAAAAUCUACACUUUAAACUUUCGCAAGCUUUGCAAGAUAUUAAUGUAUUCAAAUGAGAAUCAACGCGAUAAUACCGUUUUUUUUCUGACGUCACAGGAUGACAGGACGAUGUAACUUAACCCAACUACUAUUAAAGUAGUGUCUUAUUUUUGGUUCUUUUUAUUUUUAUACAUCUUCUAAAACAUGUCGGUUUAUAGUUGACAAAUGUCAAAUCACCGCGCUUUUACUCAAUGAGACAUUACUUUUUGGUGUUGCCAUAUGAAACGUAAAACUAAAGUCCACAUUGCCAGGUUGCGUAUUUCUGGUCAAGCUUUAACUACGAAUUAAUUUAAGGCUAAUAAGAGAGUGAAAAAGCAACUAUGUAUGAAAACUGUUGCGACUUAAAACAAACCUAUUAUACUACCUAUAAGUUUUUUUUUUUAUAAUAUAUCUGUGCCAUGUAUUUUUAAUCUUUAUUUUCAUCACCGCCAUACUAUUUAAACUGAAAUUUAUGCUUUUAAAAGCAUGAUUAUUCCAUUGUGUAGUUAUUGUUUUAAGAUAAUUGUGUUGUGAGCUUACAGUAUGCCUUUAUAUAUUAUUUUGAUAUUUUACAAUGACAAUUUUAUACGUACGAUGUAUUUGUUUCAAUGUUCGUAUGUCUGUUAUAUUUCCAAUGAGCUUUCUAUGUUGAUUAAGAAUUAAAACAAUAGAAAAAUAUAAUCUGCGGCAUAUUAAGAACACUUGUAAAAAAUCAUGCAGUGAGGGUAUUAACAAUAGAUUAUUCACCAGAUGGCGCUUGUGGAACUUCAGCCAUUCAAAUCAAACAUAUCAUAGUUGAAAAUAUAACCAACUUGAAAAAAAAUAUGCAAAUGACACAAAAAUGUUACUUCUUUUUAAAUGGCCUUAUUUGAAUGUGAUGGUAGGAAAAAAGGUUAUCCGCUGUAAUUUUUUUCAUGGUGAAAUUAUUCGAGUUGAUUAUAUUUGCACGCCUGUCGUUCUUAUUUUAAAAAUCUUUUUAAUGUAGAAAUGUUUUUUCAAUGGCAACACUCGAUAACUAAAUUCUGACAGGCAUAUAGAAAUGCCCUCAUUAAGCUGUAAUAAUAAUUUGCACGGGAACGCGCCCAGUUGAGAUAUGCCACAGACAAUAUAACAGAUAAACAUUUUAUGAACUGAAAUUAAUCCCCCGAGCUUGUAACCGUUUCACUUUCAUCGUUUUUAGGAAUAGAAGCUUAAAUUGGCUUGGAUUUAACAUAUCUUGCCGGAACUUCUCCUUACAAUGCACAACGUUAUGGCUGAAGUAAGUUGUCAUUAGAAUAACAGAAAGGCUAUGCAUUGUCCUUUUCGGUAUAGUAGGAAAAAAAAAAAGAUAAAAAAAAGUACGAGACUACCUUAGGACAAAAAACGUAUAAGUACGAACUCUGAUUUUCAAGGUUCGCAUUCACGUGUACUUUAUGUAAAUGUCAGAAAAUAAAUUUCUCUGACAGAUUCCAUUAUAAAUGUGUUUUGAUGUUCAUUAAGUUACCUAUUGUAAUUAAUACCCUAAAAAUUUACAGUAGAGCUUGACAAGUACUUAGUUGGUAUGUGUAUGAGUUAUAUCAACAUAGGUAUGUAGAUUUUUCUAGCGCUUAGUUCGAAGUGAACGUCUAUUUAUUUAACGUUAAAAGAAGAUAUUUUUAAAGAUCUUCGAUUUAUUUAAUUUCUUUUACAGGCUUAUUGUUUUUUCUUUUGUUUUAAUACUGGCAACUUAUUUCAGCCUUCGUUUCAAUCUUGCCACGCGAGUUCCGUAGUAUAAUUUUGUACGACAAUAAGUGUCUAGUUUAUCUAACCCUAAACGAUUGCAUGUCAAUUUUUAAUAUAAUGAUGUAAAUCCGAUUACAACGUCGAAAUUUGUCGUUUUUCUUCUGUGGGUGUAAAGGGGACAGCUAUUAGUUUUUUAAAUUGUUUCUAGAUAAUUUACAGCGAUAAUGUUCCCAGACAAUCAAGAAUAUUUUGAUGUGCGCAUGCGCACUAUAACUUUGUAUCAAUGUUUUUUUCAUCCCUUAAUAAUAAAUUGCAUCUAGAAAACAAGUUUCAUCAAAAAACGACACAUUUCGCCCACUUAUUUGAAUUAAAUAAUAAAUAAACAUGAAGUACCUUAAAUUAAAAUGAUGCCAUCUGUCCUUAGGGUCGUAAUGAAAUGAUAUUCUAAAAUUUGAUAGUAGAAUUUUAGGUGUAUAUUAAAUUUUAGUCCAUCUCAACAUAUCGGUGCUUGCGUGAAGGAUAAAAUUAUUCCUAAUAAUUGUUAAUUGUAGAUAUUAUAUAUUUAAAAUAUAUAUACCAUGCACACGAUGGGUGUAGUGAGAGCAGUAGUUCAUAGAAAUAUUUUUUCGCUUAAAAUAAUAUUUUGUGUAAUUAUGAAACGGCGAUUGAAACAAAGAAUGCUCCUUUCAGUUGCUAAUUCAUAAAACGAAAUAUAUAAUGAAAAGAAAUUAUUUAUGCAUCCGAAUUCAUAAUUUAACACAGAACCAAUGAACUUUACAAAUGUUUUUACUUUUAUACCUAUCCAUAAUUACCCGCACAGCUAUCUUUUUUUUUCACGCUGGCAACCCCAAGGACAUAAAACAACGCCAUUUCAAUUGUAUUUUUUUUAUAAUUAGAGUUUAAUUAAAUUCGUCUUAAUUUAAUUUAUUUAUUGCCGUUGAUUUCUUUGACAUUUUAUCGUCCGUUUGAGGAGAAGAAAAUAAAUAUUUAAAAAAAAACCAUAGCCAAAGACUUUAGACUCUAGUCUCGGAGAUUUAAUGGUUUGCAUUUGUAUAAUUAUAUUGGUAAGGGUCGUAGUUCACAUAGAGGGAGUUACCAGCGCUAUAUCAAAUGGACAGACUGAGAAAAUUCGUAAAACUUAGGUAUCUUAGAUAUUUUGCUAGAUUUUAGAUAUUAUGGAAGAUGUUAGCUAAGUAGAAUUGAGUUAGACCUUAAAUAUCCAGGGAGCUUUCCUCUCUUGUAUUUGGCCAUUGCAGACCAAAAAUAGCUGCUAUGUAGGUAUUGUUUAUUUUUUAUAUAUUUUUUGUACAGCAGUUACUUAUUUAAGCUGUUUUUUACAUUUUUUUUCUUACAUUUUUAUUUUAUUCCAAACAUCUGAAAGUACCUUUUUGAUACCGUCAUUUAAUGUCAAUGUUAAUAUGUCCACCAAAAGUACAAUCAGUGACAUAAUGCAUUUUUAAGUAGCUUCCUUCUUUAUAAUAAUUUAAUUUUUUAAUUUAUCAUUUGUGUAAUGAAAUAUCGUCCAUUUUUACCUGCGAGACCUUUUUUAUUAAGCGUUCAUUGUGAAUUUUUAUAAUUAUGAUUUUAUUAAUGUGUAUCGAUUGUAUUUAUUUUUUCGUAAAAAACUGGAAUUGAUUUAUAUACCUACCAAUGUGUUUUGUUGAAAAAAUACUCCGUAAAAACUCUUUAGUUUUAAUUUUAUAGAUAACGAAAUAUAGUUUUAAUGAGUGUAUUUUAAAUAAGACAAACUCAUAACUGGACUUUAUAUAAGUGUAAAUAAUAAUAAUGAUGUGUUAUGCACAUAUCACUUAUAUUAAAGAACGUGUUCUUUUAUCAAUAAGAUAAUUUAUAAAUAUAAAUGUUCUACUAUUAAUUUAUAAUCAGCCAUAGAACAUUAUUAUUUUAAUCAAUCUUUUUUUUACUAUCUAAGAUUAUGAGUCAUUUAUGAGUGAGGCCGAUAUGUAUUCAAAUUGUGGAUGAAUUUUGUGCGAUGUUGUUUUGUGGUAGUCGCAGGAAGAAAAUAUAACUUUAAAACCAGAUUUAAAAAUAGAACAGCUUUAUUUAAAAAAUAAUAACAGAAAUUAAAUGUUAGUAAUAUUUGUUCGUGACUGUACAUUACAUUUUAGUGUUUUAUAAUUAUUUUGUAUCCAACGAACACGACAAUCAAAUAAUAAAAUGUUGAUAUUAUUUUAUGUAGAUAGAUGUUAGUUGUAAGCGAGUACUUAAUUUGUUGCGAUCAUGUACAGUAUGUAAAUAGUACACUAUAUACUGUGAAUAAAAGA